CCACAAGUCUCUUGCCAUAAAUGUGGGCAUGCUGAAAAAUGAAGCCUUGAAAACAUUCAAGAGGAUUAUGAUAAGUUUGUAGCAGAUGGCUCUGUGACAAGUUGACAGAAGUUUUAUCACAAUAUGAUUCACGAGAAACAGCUGGACAUUGAAUUUGACAAAGUUUGUGCUCCUGGACUUCACAUUAGCCUGGGUGUGUCUAAGAAACUGUUUGAUGAACUAGAGAACCAGUGCUUUGAGCUGGGCAAAAAAAUUCAAAUGGUGCUAGCAAGAGACAGCGAAGAGAAUGAUGAAAAGAUACAGGCAUUCAGAGCUGCCCAACUACAUACCAGACAGGCACAACAAUUUAAUGAAAAAGCCAAUUAUUUACAGGAGUUGCUGAAUUUACAAAGUCUGCAUGCCAAUGUUAAUAUCAUGCCUGCCUACUUUACACUACCACAGGAGGAGAUAGACAAACUCCUUGGAAAUGCAAAGGAGGAGGAAGACAACAUCAUUAAACUAUGCAGUGCUGUGGUGACAAAAACAGUGGAGCUGUGUCCUUCCUUCCUUUCUCAAGCAAGAGAAAUUAGCGUGAAAUUCAAACAAGUUUUCUAGUUAUUUGCUGCUUGCCACUUUGUCUAUGACAGUGCAGACUAUCUCAAUGAUAGCAACAUUGAUAAGCUAGGUAAGCGAAAGAAAAAACUUGACUUUCAUGGAAAACAUGAAUACAGUAAUAAAAUCAUGUCUUAAGUCCACC